CUUUUUAAAGCACAUCAGCUAAAAUGAGUUCUGAAUCUUUAGUCAAUUGCUUAUAACUAUUUACGUUUACUCUACAUUAUGAUUAAUUUGUUUCUUGAAACUUAGCCCGAACUAUAUUGCUCGUAGUGAAGUGGCACAUUUCCAUGUCCUAGUUUUCUCAUCUCUAAAAUGGGAGUGAUAGUAGCACCUAGAGUCUUACUGUAAAGUGUCAGUGAGAUAAUAUACAUGCAUAUAGUUCUUGCCUUGAAUAGUGCCAGGGUAGAUUAAUUUCAGUUACCACAGUAUUGAAGUAACACAGGUUCCCCAGUGACACAGGUCACUCUCCUUUGUUCAGGACUCUGCUCACCUUUUACCUGCUUCCAUAUCUAAAGUAGCAACUUUCGGGGCAGGCACUUGUUAAAGUAGUUAAUAUACUGCCUGGGACACCCACAUCUCCUAUUAGAGUGCCUGGGUUCUAGUCUGGCUCCUUUUCCUGAUUCCAGCAUUCUGCUUAUGCACACCCUAGGAGGCAUCAGGUGAUCCCGUAAGUACUUUGGUACUUGCCACCCAUGUGGGAGACUAAAAUUGAGUUCUGGACACCUGGUUUCAACCUGGCUCACCCCUAGUUGCUGUAGGCAUUUGAGGAGUAAACAAGCAGAUGGAAGAUUGAUGUCUCCUACUCCUCCCUCUCAUGUGUGUGUCCCCGUACCUUACCCUCCCUCGCUUCCUCUUUUUCUUUUUCAAAUAAAUAAAAUAUAAAAAGUAGCAACCUUUGCCUGUCACUUUUUUUUAAUCCCUCUUAUUCUGCCCUUUAGAAAAACACUGGAAACCCGUUUUACUUGUUUAUUACUUGUUUACAGCACCUGAGACACGUUGUUAACCAUCGGUCUCCUCCCUCACUGCCUCCUCCCCUUAGAAUGUGAGUCUGCAUGGGCAGGGCUGCAUUUCCUUCACUGCUGGAUCUGCAGUGCCAGAGCAGUAACUGUCAUGAAGUUGGUGCUCACUGGAUGCUGGUUCAGAUUUGAAGCGUUCAUUACCAUCUGGACUUGGUCUCUCAGAAACCCAAAUUACAUCUCAUGGCUUUGACAGUACCAAAGAGGGGGUUAUUGAAGCAGGAGCGUGUCAAGGUUCCCCAGCACCACCACUGCCAUCUGUUAUGUCUCCUAGCAGGGUGGCAGCUAGUCGACUGGCUCAACAAGGAAGUGAUCUAAUUGUUCCUGCAGGUGGUCAGAGAACACAGACAAAAAGUGGACCAGUUAUUCUAGCAGAUGAAAUUAAAAAUCCUGCCAUGGAAAAGUUAGAACUUGUUCGAAAGUGGAGUCUAAACACUUACAAGUGCACUCGACAAAUUAUCUCUGAGAAGCUAGGCCGUGGCUCAAGAACUGUGGACCUUGAACUUGAAGCUCAGAUUGAUAUAUUAAGAGAUAACAAGAAAAAAUAUGAAAAUAUUUUAAGACUGGCUCAGACAUUGUCAACCCAGCUUUUCCAGAUGGUACAUACCCAAAGGCAACUGGGAGAUGCAUUCGCUGACCUGAGUUUGAAGUCGCUAGAACUUCAUGAAGAAUUUGGCUAUAAUGCAGAUACCCAGAAGCUACUGGCCAAAAAUGGAGAGACUCUUCUUGGGGCCAUUAAUUUUUUCAUUGCCAGUGUGAACACUUUGGUGAAUAAAACAAUUGAAGAUACGUUAAUGACUGUGAAACAGUAUGAAAGUGCCAGGAUUGAAUACGAUGCGUAUCGUACUGAUUUGGAAGAACUGAAUCUUGGACCACGUGAUGCAAACACUCUGCCAAAGAUUGAGCAGUCCCAGCAUCUGUUCCAAGUACAUAAGGAAAAAUAUGAUAAAAUGCGUAAUGAUGUUUCUGUCAAAUUGAAAUUUCUAGAAGAAAAUAAGGUUAAAGUAUUGCACAAUCAGCUGGUCCUUUUCCACAAUGCCAUUGCCGCCUACUUUGCUGGGAAUCAGAAGCAGCUUGAACAGACACUUAAACAGUUCCAUAUCAAAUUGAAAACCCCUGGAGUGGAUGCCCCAUCGUGGCUUGAAGAACAGUAAAUCACACCUGUAGAGAAAGUGGUACUGCUAUGUUUCUAAACCAACCUAACAAGAAGUAGGCGGAAUGGGGCAGGUGAUGAGGGGCGACAGCCAUGGUAGUGAUUCUUGCACAACAGCUUUACUUUUUCCCUUUUGUCACACUUUAACAAUUGAACUGUUAAAUUUGAGGGGAAGGUGGGUGGUUUUAAUGUAAACACAGUUUCUAUAAUCUGAACACAAUAAUUUUUCCCUUUUGAGAAAUCCUUUUGUAUUAUGAGGGUUGAUGGCUAUUUCUGUAGUUUGAAAACAUCUAACAUAGAUUUGCACUGACAAGAUAAAACUGCGAGGAUCUGGCCCAAGAAUUGAGGGCCAGCUGUAACUUUUCCAAGGGAAGGUUUACAUGAUUUGUAUCGAUGUCUGCUAUUUUGUAUACGAAUAUAUUGAACAUCUGUAAGAGAUUCAUUUUCAUGUAUCGUCAAAGAGAAACCUAUUUUACAGAGGAAAACUCUAUGGUGUUGCUGCAGCAUUCACAGAGGGGUGGCAGUUCCAAUGAAUGACUGAGUGGCCUGUGGGGGUGUAGCAGGUACCUUUUCGGAAGUGAGUCUGUACCACGGUGAUUUGUGUGUAGGCUUCUCCUGAGAUGCAGGGGGCACACAGUCGUUUCCGUGAGGCGCUGAGGCUUAUGCGUGCGCAUCACCCGGAGUCACUGGGCAGUCACACUAGUAAUUCCUUUCGAUUUGGCAUGAAACCUGCCUGAGACAGCUUUUUCUUUUUUUUCUUUUUUUUCUUUUUUUUUUUUUUUGGUCAGGUGGACUUGGGAAUGGAAAUUCUUGAGGAUUUCUAAAGUAGAAAUCUUCUCAGAAAGCUAGUUUUUGGGUAAAUUCCAUGUUGACAGAAUUCCUAGAUAGCUUUCAUUGACUUUGUGUAACAAUACCGUUUAAGCCUUAAAUCACAGAUAUGUGCCUUCUCAGAUACAGUGAUUCUCGUUCACCCAGUGUACAUAACCCAUAAAGAAGCCCCUUGCAGAUAAUGUCUGAUGUGCUUGUUCCUUCCUUGGAAGGGAGCACUGUGUGCAAAUGUUGGGUUUCUUUGUCCUCCUUAAGCCACAUUUGAGGUUUAUGGUGACAUCGACUUCUGAGUUUGCUGUUUGGUUUUGCUGGAUUCCUUUUGAGGAAUGGGAAGAGCGACAGAUGUUCCAUGUGGGUAAUAGAAGAGUGAUGUGGGACAGAAUGCGAUCACGGAAGAAAGGGGCGUGGAAAGCCAGUAAGUACCGUUCUAGUUGCUCGGCAUCCUUAGUUUCGUGUUCUGCGGUUGACCUGUCACUGUGUGCUUCUAUCAGUAAUGCAAUCCUUAUUCAAUGUAAAAUUCUUUUGGUUUUUGUCAUAGGCAUAAAUUAAUGUUUCGAGAGACGCCGCUUCACCUGUUCAUUUCUUUUGUGUUGAAAUGAAGUACUUAAAAUUACUGUUAUACAUGAACUUUGUGAACUGUAAGAUUCUGUUACGUAUGUUCAGAUGCCUUUUAGCUGGCUUUUUAAUUAAUAUGCCUGUUUUGAGUGCUUAAUACAAUGUAAUGUGAUUGUAAAUCAUAAACGUAUUUUAAAUCAUUCCCUCCUGUAUAUUUGUACUCUGAGAGAGCCUUAUUUUAUUCUUCCAGCAGAGUUACUACUUGUGAUAGUUCAUUCACAUUCCCCAGAAUGUGCCUCUGGUGUGGAUUUUGUAUUCUUAUUAAAAGUGUUUGCUGCAGUA